AUGAGGCAAAAAACUCUUCCAGAAGAUCAUCCUUCAUUAGCUACUUCCUACAACAACAUCGGUCAAGUGUAUAAAAACAUGGGUAACUACUCGAAAGCACUUGAAUAUUACGAAAAAGCGCUUAAAAUAAGAGAAAAAGUUCUGCCUCCGAAUCAUUCCGAUUUGGCUACUUCCUAUAACAACAUCGGUAUGGUGUAUGGCGACAUGGGUAACUACUCGAAAGCACUUGAAUUUUACGGAAAUGCACUUAAAAUAAGAGAAAAAGCUCUUCCUCCGGUUCAUCCUUCAUUGGCUACUUCCUACAACAACAUCGGUACGGUGUAUGACAACAUGAGUAACUACUCGAAGACACUUGAAUUUUACGGAAAAGCACUUAGAAUCUUCGAAAAAGCUCUGCCUCCAAAUCAUCCCGAUCUGGCUACUUCCUACAACAACAUUGGUUUGCUGUAUGACAACAUGGGUAACUACUCGAAAGCACUUGAAUUUUAUGAAAAAACGCUUAAAAUAAGAGGAAAAGCUCUGCCUUCGAAUCACCCUUCAUUGGCUACUUCGUACAACAACAUCGGUACGGUGUAUUACAACAUGGGUAACUACUCGAAAGCACUUGAUUUUUACGAAGAAACACUUAAAAUCGAAGAAAAAGCUCUGCCUUUGAAUCAUCCUUCAUUGGCUACUUCCUACAACAACAUCGGUGGAGUGUAUGACAACGUGGGUAACUACUCGAAAGCACUUGAAUUUUACGAAAAAGCACUUAAAAUCUUCGAAAAAGCUCUGCCUCCGAAUCAUCCCGAUGUGGCUACUUCCUACAAUAACAUUGGUACGGUGUAUAAAAAUAUGGGUAACUAUUCGAAAGCACUUGAAUUUUUCGAAAAAGCACUUAAAAUAAGAGAAAAAGUUCUGCCUCCGAAUCAUCCAGAUUUGGCUACUUCCUAUAACAACAUCGGUGGAGUGUAUGACAAUAUGGGUAACUUCUCGAAAGCACUUGAAUUUCACGAAAAAGCACUCAAAAUAAGAGAAAAAGCUCUGCUUCCGAAGCAUCCUUCGUUGGCUACUUCCUAUAAUAACAUCGGUGCAGUGUAUGACAACAUGAGUAACUACUCGAAAGCACUUGAAUUUUACGAAAAAGCACUUAAAACCUUCGAAAAAGCUCUGCCUCCGAGUCAUCCCUUAUUGGCUAUUUCCUACAACAACAUCGGUUUGCUGUAUUCCAAAAUUGGUAAUUACUCGAAGGCAAUUUCUUUUCUGGAAAAGGCACUUACUAUAGCACAAAAAUCACUUCCAUCUACACAUCCUCAUAUUCAGAUAAUGAUAGAUAGCAUUAAUGAUUUAAAAAAGACGUGA